AUGAAGAGCGACCUUCGUGAUAAUACGGAGGCGGGGAAAAAGGCACCAGUCCUGGUUAGUGAAGCCGAGGGGAAAGCCACAGCCUCGAGUAUCGGCGCCUUUGCCUACAUCGAGUGCUCAGGUAAGUACCGUGUGCGCAAACACACAUUUAUGCCCUUGAAGAUUGUUGAUGUUAUUAUGUUUGACCUUGGCUGUUACGUGGAGACUCAGUAA